GUACAGGAAGAGAGAUAUCAUGAGACCAGUCAGCUCAUACUGGACACAUCUCUCAACUCUGUCUAUGACACCAGAUUGAGAGUAAAAGGAAGAAAAUGUGGGACUUACAACUGUACCAUCGGCAACAAUAUUAGAUAUUUCUUACCUGAGGCAUCCAUUACUGAAGUUAUUGGAUCUAAGACCAUUAUUGUGGCAAGAGAGCCCACUAAUCUUACCACAGUCAUCCCUGAGUCCAACAGCACACAUGUUAACAUCACUGUGUCUUGGGAGUCACAAGACUAUGUCGUCUACUACCAGCCUAAGGGAGGACCAGUCAUCAGUGACAGGGUGUCUGGAGGAGAGACAGACACACACUCACUGGAUGGUCUUCAGAGAGGAGUCACCUACUACAUCUCCAUAGUGGCUCUGUCACCUCACCUACCCAGUCCUCUGGUUGGACCUAUCACUGUCAUUGCUAAUCCACCACUGAUAUACGUAGAGACCUCACCUGAAUCACUCACUACCUCACCAAACACUCAGUUCUCAGUCAACUGUACUGCCAGAGCUGAGGUUGAUGGACAGAGUAUUCCUGUGGACAUAGAAUGGAUCCGCAUUGCCAUCUCUCCUCCAUCUGGUCCAUCUGAACUGAUGCCCACUCUUUACACCACAACUGGAUCUCCAGAGAGAGGCUAUCAGAGUGUUCUGACCACCUCUGAGAAUGACACUAUAAUUGUCUACCGCUGCACUGCUAAAACUUUGCGUUACUCCGAAUCAAAAGAUACCACAGCUUUCAUAAGAGUAGUUCAAAGUCCUCCUAGCAAUGUAAAUGGGUGUACCUCCUUUGUGACACUUACAACCACUGUUACUAGCAGUGAAACAGCUACUGUAGUAUCUAGUACUAGUAUUAAGCCUAGCACCACCCUUCAAAUCACUGGCACUGCUACCGUUGCUGUCAAUAAGACUGUCACUCCUGCCGAGGAUAUUGCUCUCAGCAGUCACAGUAGCGAUACAAGACUCUUUUCUCCAACGACCACUCCCGCCAGCAACUCCAAUAUGGUCAUUGCUACCUCUGUUACAUCAGCUAGUGUAAUCACAUGUGCUGAAGGUGAGUUGAUCCGCAAACUAUGGCUAUCAGGCCUUUUCUAUUUCUCAUGCAGAUAUUGAGCCAUGUACAAGAAGAAGCAUCACUCCAACCAGAAAAAAUAUGGUCAUUGCUACUCCUGCUACUCCUGUCAGUGAAACAUGCUCAUGUACUAAAGAUGUUGACAAGGAGCCAUGUAGUACUGAGAGCACUGCAGUAAUAGCUGGAGGAGUGGGUGGAGGAAUAAUACUCUGUCAGAUCCUUGUCUGUCUCCCCAUUGCCAUAUUUUGCAUCUGCAACAGGUACUUGUUUGUAUCACAGAGUGUAACAUGGUUUGUUGUGUUAGGUUGGACUUUGUAUACAGAACUUUGGUUAGUUAAGUAGACAAUGAUAUCCUCCCUGCAUUUGCCAUCUUUACAGAUCAGCAUACAGUAAGAAGAUGGAGACCCACAGUAACACAGCCUAUGGAGUGGUACCAGCAAGAAGGGAGGAACCUGUGUAUGAUGUGAUUAAUCAGCCUCUGAAUCAAAGUGCUGCUAAACUACCUCUGUCUUCAAAUGUUGCCACUGCAUCCACUGCGAUGUAAUAGAAAUGUUUAGGCCUCUAUCAUAACAAUUUUGGCACAGUACACAGUAGUAUAGGGCCACUGGUCUUAGUAUGUAUGUAGCUAUAAUUGCUGUGUAGACUAGAAUAUUACGAUUCUCAAGAUGUUUUCAAGGUGCAGCGCUCGCCAGAAAUAAUACAGGCAGGAAUGUGUUUCUCGUCAAUUUGUGUGUGCUCCAAUAAUGUCCAUGCACAUCACAGUGACCUUAAUAAAAAGACAGGUCAAAAGAAAUGAGGAGAAACAAUAGAGAUCUCUGUUAUUCGUCUUCCCUGGAGAUUUGUUUGUAUAUACACAAAGAAGCCUUCAAUUAGUGUGAUAAAAGAACUGAGAUUCCCACAC